GAAAACUAAACCGAGAUGGAAUCUCCCAGUCUGAACCGGUUUCAACCGGUUAUGAGUUUGUUGCUCGUGAGGGGAAGAAGAAGCCACAGACUCACGGUCUCUCUGUCACUUUCUGUCUCCUGUUAUUGCUUCAAAUCAAAAAUUACCUCAAGUAAAAGACAAGAUUUGUUGACCAAGGAGCAGUGAAGCUAGUCAGCGUGUUCUUAAUUCAUCCAGGCAGCAACGCUACUGCAGCUAGUUCAGGGCAUAGAAGGGGUUGUUGUUGUUGUUUUUUUUAUUUUAUUUUAUUUUUUUUCAAAGGCUUGGACUUUAGAGCUCUAAUGCCAGCAGUUAUGGCACUGUUGGCCGACCACGCAGCCAGGCAGCUGCUGGACUUCAACCAGAAACUGGACAUUAAUCUCCUGGAUAAUGUGGUUAACUGCUUGUACCAUGGAGUGGGACCACAGCAAAGAAUGGCCCAGGAGGUCCUCACUCAUUUAAAGGAGCACCCGGACGCCUGGACCCGAGUGGACACUAUCCUGGAAUUCUCCCAGAACAUGAACACCAAAUACUAUGCUCUGCAGAUUCUGGAAACAGUUAUUAAAACAAGAUGGAAGAUUCUGCCCAGAAAUCAGUGUGAAGGAAUUAAAAAAUAUGUCGUGGGCCUUAUCAUCAAGACAUCAUCUGAUGCAGCCAGUGUGGAGAAGGAGAAGGUGUAUAUUGGAAAACUCAACAUGAUUUUAGUUCAGAUCCUGAAGCAAGAGUGGCCCAAGCACUGGCCCACUUUUAUCAGCGACAUUGUGGGGGCAAGCCGCACCAGUGAGAGCCUCUGCCAGAACAACAUGAUUAUCCUGAAGCUGCUCAGUGAGGAGGUGUUCGAUUUCUCCAGUGGACAGAUGACCCAGGUCAAAGCUAAGCAUCUGAAGGACAGUAUGUGUAACGAGUUCUCGCAGAUCUUUCAGCUUUGCCAAUUUGUGAUGGAAAACUCACAGAAUGCUCCUUUGGUACACGCCACCUUAGAAACGCUGCUCCGGUUUUUGAAUUGGAUUCCAUUGGGCUACAUCUUCGAGACCAAACUCAUCAGCACUUUAGUGUACAAGUUUCUGAAUGUUCCAAUGUUUCGGAAUGUGACACUAAAGUGUUUGACUGAGAUUGCUGGUGUAAGUGUGAGCCAGUAUGAGGAGCAGUUUGUCACUCUGUUCACUCUCACCAUGAUGCAACUGAAACAGAUGCUGCCUCUAAACACAAAUAUCCGUCUGGCGUACGCAAACGGGAAGGACGACGAGCAGAACUUCAUCCAGAACCUGAGCCUGUUCCUCUGCACCUUCCUCAAAGAGCAUGGCCAGCUCAUAGAGAAAAGACUCAACCUGCGGGAGACCCUCAUGGAGGCUCUGCACUACAUGCUGCUGGUGUCUGAGGUGGAGGAGACGGAGAUAUUCAAGAUCUGUCUGGAGUACUGGAACCACCUGGCAGCAGAGUUGUACAGAGAAAGUCCAUUCAGCACCUCCACCUCCCCACUGCUCUCGGGCAGCCAGCAUUUUGAUGUUCCACCACGCAGGCAACUCUAUCUACCUGUACUCUCCAAGGUGCGGCUGCUAAUGGUGAGCCGCAUGGCAAAACCAGAGGAGGUGCUGGUGGUAGAAAACGACCAGGGUGAGGUGGUGCGAGAGUUCAUGAAGGACACUGACUCCAUCAACCUAUACAAGAACAUGAGAGAAACGCUUGUGUAUCUCACCCAUCUGGAUUAUGCAGAUACAGAGAGGAUCAUGACAGAAAAACUUCAUAACCAGGUGAACGGGACGGAGUGGUCCUGGAAAAACCUGAACACACUGUGCUGGGCCAUUGGUUCCAUCAGCGGAGCCAUGCACGAAGAGGAUGAGAAGCGAUUCCUAGUCACUGUCAUUAAGGACUUACUUGGAUUGUGUGAGCAGAAGCGAGGAAAGGAUAACAAGGCCAUCAUUGCUUCAAACAUUAUGUACAUUGUUGGCCAGUACCCACGAUUCUUGCGUGCGCAUUGGAAGUUCCUCAAGACUGUAGUCAACAAACUGUUUGAGUUUAUGCAUGAGACGCAUGAUGGGGUGCAAGACAUGGCAUGUGACACGUUCAUUAAAAUUGCACAGAAGUGCAGGAGACAUUUUGUGCAGGUGCAGGUUGGAGAAGUCAUGCCCUUCAUUGAUGAGAUCCUUAACAAUAUCAAUACAAUCAUCUGUGACCUUCAACCACAGCAGGUGCAUACGUUUUAUGAGGCAGUGGGUUACAUGAUCGGUGCUCAGACGGACCAGGCUGUACAAGAGCACCUGAUUGAGAAGUACAUGCUGCUACCCAACCAGGUGUGGGACAGCAUCAUACAACAGGCCACCAAGAAUGUGGAUAUCCUGAAGGACCCAGAGACUGUGAAACAGCUGGGAAGCAUCCUGAAGACCAAUGUAAGGGCAUGCAAGGCUGUGGGUCACCCAUUUGUCAUUCAGCUGGGACGCAUCUACCUGGAUAUGCUCAACGUCUACAAGUGCCUGAGCGAGAACAUCUCUGCAGCUAUCCAGACUAACGGUGAGAUGGUGACUAAACAGCCUCUAAUCAGAAGCAUGCGCACAGUGAAGAGAGAAACUCUUAAACUCAUCUCAGGCUGGGUCAGCCGUUCCAACGACCCACAGAUGGUCGGGGAGAACUUUGUUCCACCUUUGCUGGACGCCGUCCUGAUAGAUUACCAACGGAACGUUCCGGCAGCCAGAGAGCCGGAAGUGCUCAGCACCAUGGCAACCAUCGUAAACAAACUGGGCGGCCACAUCACAAACGAGAUCCCGCAGAUUUUCGAUGCCGUCUUUGAAUGCACGCUGAACAUGAUCAACAAAGAUUUCGAGGAAUAUCCAGAGCACCGCACACACUUCUUCUACCUGCUGCAGGCGGUGAAUUCCCACUGCUUCCCAGCGUUCCUUGCCAUUCCCCCAGCACAGUUUAAACUGGUGCUGGACUCCAUAAUCUGGGCCUUUAAACACACCAUGAGAAACGUAGCUGACACCGGUCUGCAGAUUCUCUACACGUUGCUGCAGAACGUGGCCCAGGAGGAGGCAGCAGCUCAGAGCUUCUACCAGACAUACUUUUGUGACAUACUGCAGCACAUCUUCUCCGUAGUUACAGACACAUCACACACGGCCGGUCUGACGAUGCACGCGUCUAUCCUGGCUUACAUGUUUAAUUUGGUAGAGGAGGGUAAGAUCAGUAUGACACUGAACCCUGCAAACCCCAUCAGCAAUCAGGCUUUCAUCCAAGAAUACGUGGCCAAUUUGCUCAAGACUGCUUUCCCUCAUCUCCAGGAUGCACAGGUGAAGGUGUUUGUAACAGGGCUGUUCAGUCUGAAUCAGGACAUCCCUGCAUUUAAAGAGCACUUGAGGGACUUCCUGGUGCAGAUCAAGGAGUUUGCAGGGGAGGACACUACAGAUUUGUUCCUUGAGGAACGUGAGGCAUCUCUGCGCCAGGCCCAGGAGGAGAAGCACAAGCUGCAAAUGUCUGUCCCUGGAAUCCUUAACCCUCAUGAGAUCCCCGAGGAGAUGUGUGACUGAACACACGUGUGUUUGUGUGUGUAUGCAUCGUGUUGGCGCCUUAACACAUUUAAACACAACGCUAAAGACAGAAAUGUGCAGGCUGUCUGGUUUUGAGGCCACUGAUCUGUGUGUGUGCGCGUGCGUGUGUGUGUGUGCGUGUGUGUGUGAGGGUUGCGUGUGUCUGAGUGUGUUCUUCCUUUAUGGAGACAAUAACUGCACUCGGCUGUCUUUUGACCAAAUCAAUGCCAAUCUGUAAAAUGAUCCAGUCACCUAGUGGCCCUUUUUACAUAACCUGCAUUUUAUAUGGACACUUUUGUGUUUGUGUGUGUGUGUGUGUGUAUGUGUGUGUGUGUGAUACCUCUACUUAAUUAACUUGAGUUUAUGUUUGGUCAGUUAACCUCAACCCUGCAUGGAGUUUUUCUCAAAGCUACACGUUUUAACUUGUUCUUGCGCUCUCUCUCGCUCUCACUCUCUCUCCCUGCUUACAUCAUGUAUUAGUUUAUAUAUUAUAUAUAAAAUUGGGAGUGCAGGUUUUUUUUUUUUUUUUUUUUUUUACUUUUUUUUUCUUCCUUUUUUUUUGUCGUCAUGUCGUAAACCACAUGCUAAUGCAGUGAUGAGGAAUUUCAGAUUUUGUAGAUUUAUUCUUUGCUUCAACAAGAAAUAUCAACAAGACAGAUUAGUCAAUUGACUCUAGCGGGUGAUCACAUUUACUAAACUUUCUGGUUUAAAAAUCACUUCCUGUAUGUUGAACGUGCUGAACAAAUCAGACUAAAAAGUUAAGAUUUGAAGUAAACGGUUACUGAAAGAUUCCAAAAUCAGAUCAGCUCACCUGUCUAGACGUAUCCCAAUAUUCCUCAUCACUCAGGGUUUGUGUGUUUAAGUGAAAAAAAGGAACAAGCUGUGAGAUUCUGCGCUGUUCACAGCCCGCAGAAGAACAUUGAAAUUCAUAAAUGAUUCUGAAACAAAGCGAUGAAGGUCUGGUGGACACUGCUCAGUCUCGGCAGUGCUAGCUUCCUGGUUAGACCUGGUUAGCAUACUCGCUGUCCAGUGGCUUUAUAUUAUAACUGAUGCAUCAUCACUAUCAAAUAGCAGCUUUAUUAUCAUGGGAACACUUGGAUGUUUCUUAGUUAGUGUUUUUUGAUUGUGUGUGUGUGUGUGUGUGUGAUUGUGUGCGCGCAGUUGUGUGUGGGUGUGCUGUCGCUUAGCCGACAUCAGUUUUUUUUGUUUUCCUCAAUGAGGAUGGCGGCUCCUUUUGUGAGCUUUCAUUAAAUCGAAGUUUAAAAAAAUACAAAAACAAAAGUGGUUGAAAUAUUUAUGGGUUUAUUGUAGGCUGCGUCUUUAUACCUGCUCUCAUGUUAACUCAUUCAGAGACAGUUAUGGAGGGUUUUGUUUUUUUUACUAAUUUACCUUGUUUACCAUGCUGUAGUGCUUAAAGUCACUACAUAGAGCAAAUAAAGAAAUUAAAAAAACACGGUGUACAUUUCUUUUUAUUUCUUUAUUUUUCAUUUUCGUUAUUUUAAAACUUAAGUAUAAAUAAAAAUGCUGACAUUCUGAGUAGGAAAAGAAUGUUUUGAAGUCAGUAGUGGCAACAUCCCCUUCUUUAAGUGUUGCGUUGAUGUG